AUGUCCACUAAUACAGAUGGCCCUCAGAAACAAAACUGGUUUAAUCAGAAUGACAGGUCUGAAUCCGAUGCUUACCUUUCACUCAUGCUAUCUGAAUACCUCGACAACCAGGCCGUUCUUCCAAUAGUUCCAGAAAGCCCUAUAGUUGAAGAACCACAAAAACUUGCAGUGGCCGAACAAGUUCAAUUGACAGAACUUAUCUGGGUACCUGCUAAUAAGCAUCCUCAGAUAGCACCCGGAGAAUUCGUCAAUUGGAUCAAUACGCACCCAACAAAUCCAGCUAGACGAACUUCCGAAAUAAAACGACGUAACUCUUCUCUAUCCCAGUCGCAUGUUUCAGAAGAUGAAGACAACCUUUCUGUUAAAACCAGUAGAUCCCGAUCAGCCAAAAGCACCCAUUCACCCUCAACAAAACAAAAAGACAGCCAACAAAAGACUUUUAAAGAUGAUACAAUGGAGACAAUUCAAGAAAUUGAAAAAGAUGCAAAUAAUCAGUUGGAUUUUAUGGAUACCAUGCCAGUUGUACCAAAGGAAAGUAAAUCCCUCCUCCGACGAUCGGCCUUCUCAGCAAGAGGAAAAACUCGCAAGGAGGCUCUCGAAAGAGAACGAAAGGAUCCUAGACGCACAAUGUCUCAAAGAAGACCGAGUGAUAAAGAAAUUCCGCCCAUGACAGAUGAGGGUAUAAGUCUAUACGAUCGGCCCGUGUGCAUGAGCGAGUGGGUUGAUCUCGGUAAUGCGACCUUUUCAGACGAUUCGCAGCUCGGAAUUUUGUCGAGAGUACAUGAUGCGGAGACUCAAGUAUUUUCGCAACUCAUGGACGAGUCCUUCCAGGAGGAGGAAGAACAGCAACAACCCGAGAAGCAUACAAUUGAAGUGGAAGAAGAACUUUCUUCCAAAAUUGAAGUGGAGGAAGAGCAGCCUUUGCCUCAGAAGCUAAUAGAAAAGCCCAGGCCAACAAUCUCAGAAGCUACCAUAAAGCGGCCGACGAUUGACCGAGUGAAAUCUAAACAUGAGAAAAAACCUUCCUGGCUUUCUGGACUUUUCAAUGACAAGGAAAAAAAGGUUCGUAGCUCAACACGGAGAGUAGAAGAUGAACAGGUCAGCAGACUAUUGGAAGAAAGACGACUAGAAGAAAGACGACUGGAGAACAAACGACUCGAGGAGAGGCGUGCAGCAGAGAAGCGCUUGGAAGAGCGGCGACUAGAAGAAAAACGUUUAGAGGAGAAGAGAUAUUCCGCCCAAGCAACAAAGAAGCAGAGUGGACUUGCGUCUUUGUUUGGUCGAUCAUUAUCUAUCAAACCAAAGGCAGAGCCCAAAUUUGUUGAGCCUAAGAAGAAGAAACGAAUCAACCAGCAGGAUAUUAUACCGCCUCAGUUUAUCAAUAGUUACCGACUGCCGCUUCAUGUUGAGCGGGCAGUUUAUCGGUUGUCACAUUAUAAAUUAGAGAAUCCCCACAGACCAUUACGCCACCAAGUACUGAUAUCCAAUUUCAUGUUCUGGUACCUAUCUAUCAUCAACCAGCAUGACAACUUUGCCCAAGCACCUCAGCAGCAAUACGUUUCCAACUCUCCACACCAAGACGACUAUUCUUCACAGUUUCAUAAAAAAGGCAAAAUGAGCCGGUUUAUCAUUUCAGCCAAGAAGCGAAAGGAUGGACCAAAGACAUUAUUGAAGGACAAGUGGGAAGAUAAAUCUAGGCCACCUGCACCACAACACGCUCAAGAUAAUCAUAGUUCAGACGAAGAAGACAAUGUACCAUUGAGCUACUACAAACAAUAGCCUCUACACCAUCAAAGACAUCAACUACUUUAUUUCCCUUCCUUUUCUCUCUCUCUCUCUUUUUGCUUUACUUUUAAUUGUCAUAUCACACAUCUCCGUUUCUUUUUAUCUCUCUCUCUCUUUAUAUAUUUUCAUAGUUAAUAGAAAACACACAAACAAACAAGAACAC